AUGGCCGCCCAACACUUUCUCGACAUCACGCCGAGCGACCAGAGAGAUGCACACACACUACUCUCACACACGCGCGGUUGGGCCAACACACCUCCUGCUUACCAUCCCCUGUCUCCCAUCGACGCGCAUUUGGCGGCAUCGGCUCAUACUUCUCAAUCCACGCCUUGGAGCGUCGGCACCAUGUCUACCGGCAUCGACGACAACGCGGCUCCGGCCUCGUCCAGUCGUCAUGCCGCCUCGUCUUCCAUACCCAAUGCCGCCCAUCACGAGCAGGCCUCGUCGCUUCGCAAUGGCAUCGCUAGUCCACAGAGCCCCGGAUCAGAAGCAGACUCGACCAUCCAUUCCACCGCCUUCGCUCCUAGCAUCCUCGCAUCGCGUCUGGGUAGGAGCAUCUACUCGUCGACUGCUGCAGCUGGCUCCUCGCUCAGCCUCGCCGGCUCAGGUGUCAACUCGCCCGCGCUCGCCCUCACCGGUUUCAAUGCAGUCUCCACCGUGCUCAACAACCCAUCCAAGCGUCAGCAUCCCAUCGAUCCCAAAUCAUCCCGUUUCCCUCCCGUCGCAUCCAGCCAUGUCCCCGCCGACAUUCCCAAGGUCAAAAAGGCCGAGCUCGAACCUUACCUCUCCACCGUCAGGCCAGAAUGGGACCGCUUCAUGCGCAAUCAGAGCAUGGGAAGGCAAGGCAAAGCCACGUUGGAGCAGCAGCAGCAGCAGCAGCUACGCUCCCAAGAAUCGAGCCAUGACUCGGAACGGCUCGGCAAAUCCGACCGCCGUCACCGUGCCACGCCGAGCAUCGCCUCCCUCUCUGCCGACCUUCAGGCCGUCCCACCACCACAGGCUCGCAAGCGCCUCCCCAACCUGAGUGCUGUGCCGCAGAUCUUCUUCGCCGAGGACUUUGACCUCGCCAAUCCUUACACCUUUGACCAGGUCACCGAACGAUACAAGGCCACCUCCUCCUCUUCCCCCGCGCACCCCGACGGCGCCUCGGCACCCACCUACGACGUCGCCCUCAACCAGAUGCUUCAGGAAAAGCUCAGCUACUACUCGGACGUCGUCGAGCAGCAUCUCAUCAUCGAAAUCGGUCAGCAAUCCUCUUCUUUCUUUGCCGCGCUCGAGAACCUCAACGACCUCAAUGCAGAAGCAGAGAGUUGUCUCAGCAAGAUCCACGCGCUCAACUCCGACCUCGACCACAUCGACGCAAACCAAGCACGCAAGGGCCUCGACGUCAUCCGACACCAGCAUCGUCGCCGCCAGCUCGAACACCAACAGUCCGCCGUCGUCGACGUGCGUCACAUUAUCGAGCGACGCGACCUCGUUCGCCUCCUUCUUCAACAGGGCGAGACAGAGGAGGCACUCGAGAUUCUCAAUGCCCUCCGAUCCACCUUGCGGCCAAACAUCAGCGAUGCGCAUGAGGCAGAAAACAGCCUUGCCACACCUCAAAGUGCUGGCCAGGAUCACAUCAGCAUCGAUUUUACAAAUCUCGGCUGCCUUGCAUCCCUCCCUGGCGAGCUCCAACAGAUGGAACAGAGCCUCUCGACCAUGCUCGAGCAAGACCUCAUCGCCAUCCUCAAGCAAGACCAUCAAGCCCGUCUGUCGUCCCUUGACAAACAACCCACCUCAUCCGACUACUUCACCGGCGCUGCCAAGCCGGACGAUCCGCAGGGCUCCCACAUGGGCCUCACGCUCGGCACAAACGUCGCCGCCACCGAGUCGGUUCUGACCCCCUCCAAACCGCCCGCGUCGCCCUUUGGUCACUCUGCCAACGCUCUCUCCUCCGACGAUGCUCAGCUGGCAUCUCGUAUCAAGCCGCUCGUCAUCGGUCUCGCGCGUACCGGUGGCAUCGAAAAUGCCGUCGCCGCCUAUCGCGACGUAGCCAUCCAAGCCGUGCAAGACGCCUGGAGCACCUCGCUCACACGGUCGGCUGCCAACACGGACGAGACCGUCAACUGGCUCCUUGCGCAGGAUGCCUCCAAGCCCAUCGACCACGACGCUCUGCCGCCACAAGCUCUCCCCAUCCGCGACAUGGACCAUUCCGCCUUCCUGCACAUGGCACGCUCCCUCUUCGAUGUCCUCAUCGAGUGUCUCAAGGGUAUCGAUGCCCAGUGCAAGCUCCUGCCCCGCCUCUUGGACGAGUUGAAUUCUUCGCAACAAGUCAGCCGCGACCAUACCCAAAAGUCCAGCACAGCUCCCAACGGAGAAGCCUCGCCGGACAGUACAGUGCCUUUGCCGCCAACCAUGCCAGAGGGAGUGCCGACCAAUCUGCCGGCCAGGCUAUCGGACGUCGUCGUCGCCUCGGCAGAACAUGCGCACACUCUGUCUGCGCGCUUGCUUGCGCUCCGCGCACCUCCGCACGCCGCCCUCGAGCUGCCUUCCUUCCUGGUCGUCUUCCAGCUCUGCUGGAGCUUCGUCCUGUCUUCCGAGCAGCUCUGCCGCAAAAUGAUCGUAGGCCUGCGAGGCACCGUACUCAGCCAGGCCAAGGGCUUCCUCGCCACCUUCCAUCGCCGCCGCAUCGAGCGCGCAGCCAAGGCUGUCGAGGAGGAGACUUGGGCCCAGGCAGACGUCGGAGCCGACAUCCAGGCCCAGAUCCGCCUCAUUGUCAGCAGCGCUGUUGAGGAUCCCGCCGAGCUCGUCGUUACGGCAGGCGACCAUCAGCGCGACACCAGCACGCAACAAGCUGCUCCCGAAGCCGCCGAGGCGGAGCCGUCUACGACGUCCAAGACGCUCGUCAUCGAGGACAGGCAGUACUUUGUCGUCGAUGCCAGCCUCGACGUGCUUUCGCUACUCGUCGACUACAUCAAGGUCAUCAUCAACCUACCUUUGCUCACCACCGAGGCCAUGGCGAGGGUGGUCGAAUUCCUCAAGCAGUUCAACUCGCGCACGUGCCAGGUGGUGUUGGGCGCCGGCGCCAUGCGCUCUGCCGGUCUCAAGAACAUCACCGCCAAGCAUCUGGCGCUGGCCUCGCAGUCGCUUUCCAUCAUGAUCUCGCUCAUCCCGUACAUCCGCGAGACGGUGCGUCGCCACCUGCCGCCCAAGCAGGCCGUCAUGCUCACCGAGUUUGACAAGCUGCGUCGCGACUUUCAGGAGCACCAGUACGAGAUCCAUGCAAAGCUCGUCGCCAUCAUGUCCGAUCGCCUCACCGUUCACUGCCGCACGCUCAGCACCGUCGACUGGAACAGCGCCGACAAAGGAGGUGCCAACGCCAAUGAUGCUCAAACCGACGCAAAUGGCACGGAACCGGAGCCGAACAAAUACGCGGUGGAUCUGGUCAAAGAGACCGCCACGCUGCACAAGGUGCUGAGCAAGUACCUGCAAGGCGUCGUGGUCGAGCACGUCAUCGGCCAAGUGCUUCGCGCGAUCGAUGCCCGCCUUGCACAGGAAUUCGAAACGAUUCCGAUGCAAAAGCAGCAGGCAAUAGACCAGAUGCAGGCAGACGUUCGCUAUCUUGGAACCAAGCUGUCCACCUUGCAGCAUGUCGAGUGGAAAGACGAAGCGCUGCAACAGGUGCUCGAAGCCAAACGCGCAGCCCAGCCACCUGCCAUUAGUGUGUCGGCAUCCGCAGGCACCUCGACGCCCAAGGACGAGACUGCACCUGGAUCGCCGGCUGUCGACAAGCCACCAUCAUCGCCGUUUGGUCCAGUCACCUACAAGCCACGCAUUCCCAACAUCUUUGCUCGUCGCCAGCAGCAGCAGCAGCAACAGCAACAGCAGAGUCAGUCGAACAGUCCACGUGGCUCGACCGACAUUCCUGGCACUCUGACUCCGAGCGAGACACGACGUUCUGCCGAGGCGACGCCGCGCUCGAGCCUGCAGCAGCAGCCGACAACGGCGUCACAGAGGCCCUCGCAAGAGACUGCAGGCGUAGACAACGCCGGCGUGUCGGGUCCCGAACCGCCAAGCAAGAUGGAAGGAGCUGGUGCGCGCAGCAUCGAAGAAGAGAUGCACGACGUGCCGCCAACCCCGCCUGCCAAGAAUGAUGUGAUCCAACCGACGGGUGCGGCCAAGGAUGGGGAGGAAGACGUUCGCGCGUCGGAAGAUCUGGUGGCGCCUGUCGUGCCUGCACCGGACGCGGUUGCGAGGGUUCUCAAGGAGGGCACUCCCCGCGCCUCUGCCGAUCUUGCCGCCGAACCGGCUACGCAUGCGUCUGCAGCGCUUGAUCAGGAGGCACCCGCUACUGCGGUCACCGAUGAUGCCGCGCAGGCGGGCCAGCAAGGAGGCGUUCGGAAGAGCGAGGAUGAAGCCAUAGCAACAGCAGAGAGCGCCGGGGAGUCGGAAAAGACGGACGAAGCAGCAGUCGACGCAAAGCUGCAGCAGAGCUCAGAAGAUGCUGCCAAGGCUCGGUCUUCGAUCGACGUCAGUGCUGUCAGUAGCGCUCCAGUCCCGGAAUUGUCGACACCGACCAAGGCGACGAGUCGAGCGCAGGGCGUAUUCAGUGGCGCCGAGUCGUCGCCUGUGCGCAGCGGUGCAUCGACGCCAGCGACUGCGACGCCGACGGGCACGCCCGCCAAGCCGGGCAGGAUGUCUCUCAAGGAGCGUCUGGCGGAAGCAGCCCGGAAGCGAGCACAGCAGAGUGCGCCUCCUGCGCCGACGGCUGCGCCUGCUCAGCAGAGACAGCCUGUCCAAGCGUCGGCAGCCCCGAAGAGCGAGGCAAAGGGUGCCGAGGCAGUGCCAGAGAAGUCGGACUCUCUCGGCGUCGAGACACCGUCCGCGAGUGUCGACGAGGCCAAUGCUACUCCGGCUGUCUCAAAGGAUGAGGCACAGGCUGCGGAAGCGGUACCCGAGAAGUCAGACGCUGGUGAGGUCGACACGCCGUCUGCUGCCGUUGCGGAAGCCAAGGCAGACGAUGGCAAGCCCACUUCGGCGGGCGCGAGCGAAGCCACAGCACAGCCCGAGGAUGCAGCCACAGCACAGCCCGAGGACGCUGCCAAAGCACAGCCCGAGGACGCUGCAAAGACAAAUGGCGUGGAGGAGGCGAGUGCCGAAAAGGAGGCAGAGGUCCUAGCAGUAGCCGCAGCGGACGAAGCCAUCGCCGUGUCGGACUCGACGCCAGCCUCGACGGUCGAAGCUUCUCAGGAUGACGCUGCAGCUGUCAAAGCCGAGGUCAUCCUGGAGCAGAACGAUGCCGAUGCUGCCGAAGAUGGCGAUGGUGAUGGUGAUGGCGACGAAGGGGAAGCGGAAGGAGGCGAUGCAGACACCCACGAGGCGACGCACGACUCGGCGGUGAGCGGUGCGUCGGGCGCGGGCGGCAAGAAGAACAAGAAGAAGAAGAAGAAGGGCAAGAAGAAGUAG